AGGGGAGGGGGGCCACGCGCGGCUCCGGGGUCACGUGGGCAGCCGGGGAGGAAAAUGGCGUCUUCCAGCGGAGCGGCGCAGGAGAAGGAGAAGGAUCCCGGCGGCGAGGAGGCGUUCAAAGUGUUCCUGACCGAGGUUAAGCAAAUUGAGAAGAGGGACUCUGUACUAACUCCAAUACAGCAAAUCGAGAGAUUGACGAGACCAGGAUCCUCCUACAUCAAUUUAAAUCCGUUCGAAGUAUUACAGAUUGAUCCUGAAGCAACAGAUGAAGAACUGAAAAAGAGGUUCAGACAGCUGUCCAUCCUGGUGCAUCCAGACAAGAAUCAGGAUGAUCCUGAAAGAGCACAGAAGGCUUUCGAAGCUGUUGACAAAGCCUACAAAAUGCUGCUGGAGGGAGACCAGAAAAAGCGGGCUAUCGAUGUGAUCCAAGCGGCGAGGGAGACCAUAGAACAUAAUAUGAAAGAAAAAAGGAAGUUACUAAAGAAGGAAGGCAAGCCAAUACUCGUGGAGGAGGACGAUGAGGAUGUGUUCAAACAAUCUGUACACAAACAAACAAUGAAGCUGUUUGCAGAGCUGGAAAUCAAGAGGAAGGAGCGGGAAGCCAGAGAGAUGCACGAGAGGAAACGACAAAGAGAAGAGGAGAUCGAAGCAGAAGAAAAAGCCAAACGGGAUAAAGAGUGGCAGAAAAAUUUUGAGGAGAGCAGAGACGGGCGGGUCGACAGCUGGAGAAACUUCCAGGCUAACAAAAAGGGCAAAAAAGAGAAAAAACAGAGAAGUUUUCUGAAACCUCCCAAAGUGAAAAUGGAGCAGCGAUAGAAGGGGAAAUCUGGAGAGAAUCUUACACACGAUGGUAAAAUGAUAAACACAAAAGAACUUCAAAGCAGUCUUUAUCCCAGGAAAGAAUUCUUCACUUAGGCUAGUGUUUGCAAUAUGGUGGCAGAAAUGUUUAUUUUCCUGACCAUUCUACUGACUCGUACAUGUUCUUGCUGUUGCUAUUUUUAAUUUUAUCCCGAAGGAAACACAAACACACAUACACCCACAGCAGGGCUUUACUGCUUAUCAAUUCUGAGACAAUAUGAUGUAAAUGUACAGUAUAAGAGGUUGAGUACGACCUUGUAUCUUUUGAAAACCUUUAAUUUUUAAGCCCUGUAAUUUCACAUUUUGUACCCUUUUUGUAUUGUGAUGAACAAUUUGUCUAUCUUUGGUCAUCAGAAGUGAUCAUUAAAAUAGUGUUUGGAAAUA